AUGGAGCCGCCGCACGACUCGAGACGCGAAGCCGAGAUCCUCAGGAAAGCAGCGUGUCCCAAUGUAAUCCCCCUAAUAGACACGUUCCGAGAGGAUGGCAGUAGAUUUGUUCUUGUUUUCCCGUUCAUGCCAUUCGAUCUCGGCGUCGUGCUCCGGGAAGGCAAAUUUGCAAAGCCCCAGAUAAAGAUCUGGCUGAAGGAUAUCUUCUCUGCUCUUGCCUUCAUUCACGAACACGGGAUCAUCCACCGCGACAUCAAGCCUUCGAACAUACUACUAAAAAGUAUCGACGGACCGGCCUACCUCGCAGACUUUGGCAUUGCCUGGGCGCCAGACACAGCAAACUCCGAGGCAGCAGACGCAAAGAUCACCGACGUAGGCACAACAUGCUACAGACCCCCUGAACUGCUCUUCGGCAACAAGGCUUACAACUGCGCUCUCGAUCUGUGGGCAGCAGGCUGUACCGUCGCCGAGAUACUAGACCCCAGCCACGCGACUUUGUUUGAUUCUGGCGAACUGGGAAGUGAUCUGGCAUUACUGCAGAGCAUCUUCAAGAAGCUGGGCACGCCAACAUUGACUCGAUGGCCGGAGGCAGAAAAAUUCCCCGAUUGGGGUAAGGUGCAGUUCCACGAAUAUCCUGAAGAGCAUUGGGGUAAACUGCUACCGCGAGUCUCUGAAGAGGGGCAGGACCUCGUCUCAGAACUCGUCCGCCCUCCCCCCUCACCGCGUUCUGGCCUGUUACCCCUCCGAACGGGACCUACGCUCACCAUGGCAUUCUUAUUCCGGAACAAGCAGAAGAGCAAUGCCGAACUCACGCGAUCGACCAAGGACCUCACUGUCCGCCUCAGCCAGGAAGACAAGCCGAAUCCCAAGCACUGCGUAUGCUCGCUCGCAGAGUCAACGACGAAUGCUGACAACAGCACAGACACCGAAGUCAAUCCUGAACUCGUGUUCCAGCUGCUCUCGACUAUCUUGAGUGAAGACCUACUCUACGUACUAGCAAUGAACAUACACAAACUCCCAUUCGAAUCUCGCAAAGAUGCACAGGUCAUCUUCUCGUCUGCCUUUCGCUACAAGCCUGCUGGUCAGACCGACCCUCAAGUGCUGCACCACAUCGUACAAUUCCGCCCAGACAUCAUAAUAGCAUUGUGCAGGGGCUACGACAGGCGUGAAAGUGCCAUGCCAUGUGGAGGAGUUCUGCGCGAGGCUCUUAAAUACGAUGCAAUUGCUGCGUUGCUGCUGUACGAUGAGGGCGAGGAUGGGAAACAAUUGGACCUCGCCAACGUCAACCCGGACAUAGCCGCGUCCGGCAACGGCAUAUUUUGGAGGUUCUUCGACUGGAUAGACAAGGGUGCAUUUGAGCUUAGUGCGGAUGCAUUCAACACCUUCCGAACAAACUUUGAAAUGUUCUUCUCCAAGUACAACAGCAUGCUGAUCUCGUCGGAGAGCUACGUAACCAAGCGACAAUCUAUCAAAUUACUGGGCGAGAUCCUACUCGAUCGAGCGAACUACAGCGUGAUGACGCAGUACGUGGAUUCCGGCGAGCAUCUCAAGAUUGUCAUGAAGCUGUUGCGGGACGACAGGCGGAUGAUCAACUACGAAGGGUUUCAUGUGUUUAAGGUGUUUGUUGCGAAUCCCAACAAGUCCAUGGCAGUACAGCGAAUAUUGAUCAGUAACCGCGAGAAGCUGCUGCGUUUCCUGCCCAACUUUCUGGACGAUCGCACAGAAGACGAGCAAUUCAUAGACGAAAAGAGCUUCUUGAUACGGCAGAUCGAGCAGCUCCCAGGUCAGCCGAUCCCACCGCCUGGGGCAGCAUAA